AUGGAGGAGGGCUUCGAUUACGACGGGCACCGCGCGUGGUUCGCCAGGGAACUGAGGCACGAGCCCAACCCGCGCCGUUUGUUCCAGGACGCCUUCAACGACGUUCCCGUCGAGGCCAUCCCGAGGGACGCGGCGCUGCGCAUGAUACAAUUCUUCCUGAGCGCGCGAGAACCCGCGGAGUUCCCGGGCGGCACGUACCCGGCGGACGUCACGCGGACGUCGGAGAGGCUCUUACGAAGCUUCGAGCGCCCCCCGCACAACCUCCGAUUCCGAUCGGAGUUCGUCGUCGAUCUCGGACCCGGCGCGGGAGGCGGCGAAGUGACGGUCCGAUCGCCGAUACCAGCCGAGGCGGAGACGCAGCUGUCCAAAUCGAUCGACGGAGACAGACGAACGCACCCGGCGAUGACGUCGUUCCUCACCGGCGCCGCCAACGUCGCCACCGGCGGGGUGGAGACGGACGCGAGCCUGAGCCGUGACGUGGACUUCAUCCGCCCGAACAAGUUCGCCCUGAGCGGCUGGUACAAGCCGUUGAUCAUGCAGGCGCUCAUCGCCGCGACUCGGUGGUACGGCUCCCAUCGACUCCACGCAGCGGGGUUCACCAAGACGCACGACGAGAAGACGGGGUGCGACGUGUGGUCCAGACCUCGGGUGGCGGAGAAAGGUGACGGUUUGAAUCCGGAAGAUCCGAACCGGCACGACCCGGUGGUGUUCCUCCACGGCCUCGGCGUGGGUCUGAGCCCGUACGCGGAUUACGUGGCGGAUUUUUUACCGAGAGAUCGCCCCGUCGUCGCGCCCGAGUGGCCCAACAUAUCCUACGGGUGGAACGACAGGUGCCACAGGUACCCGACGCCGAGGGAGUUUGCCUCGUUUCUCGCGCGAGCCGUGACGGAGACGCACGCGCGAUCUGUUCGGAAAGAGUGGGAGGAGACGUCUUACGAAGAAGCCGCGCGGUUCACAAAAGUCGAAGUCGGCGCGGACGGGCGCGCCGUCGGCGAACCCGGAGGUGGCGGGAUCGAUUCCGCCUCGGGCCGCCCACCCGUCGCAAAAGGAGUCGGGUUCAAGUGCGACCUCGUCGCGCACUCGUACGGCACGGUGAUUCUCACCGCGUUUCGUAAGCACGAGGGCCGUCUCGUUCGCCGGUGCGUCUACGUGGACCCGGUGUGCUUCCUCCCCUCGUUCGGCUCCUACCUGCGGUACGCGCACGACGAUCACCUGCGAAGCACGUACGAUUUACUGACGCACCUCGCGGCGAGGGGCGCGGACCCGCACGAGCCGAUGUCGAUGGCCAACUUGGUCCUAGCGUCGUGGUUCGUUAAAGGGGAUCCCAGCACGCAGCAGCUGAUGAAGCGGCUGCUCUUCCCGCACGAGGCGUGGGAGCGCGGGCCCCUCGGCGCGAACGACAUGGUGGUUUUGUCCGGGCUGGACGACAUCGUGGCGAGCGCCGAGAUCGCGGAGAGGUUCGCGCGCGCGUGGCCGCUGUGCGAGGUGGUCACGCAGCCCCAGUGGCAACACGGCGGUUUUUUGCUCGAACCGGAUCCCGACGGAGUCAACGCGAGGAUCGUUCGGUUCGUCGAAGGGGGACGUUCGGACGACGACGACGUAAAUGGCGACGAUGAUAAGGGGCGUAAGCGACGGCGUGCGCGGGGAGGUUUGGCGCGCGGCGCGAUCAGGCGCGCGUGGAGGUUGGCGUCGAGAAAAUCGAGAAAAUCGCGCGAGAAGAUCGGCGCGGAGAAGGGCGGAGCGGCGGCGGCGACGGCGGCGGCGGAGGAUGGGGAUGGGGAUGGGGAAAAGGUCGGCGGCACGACUGCGCGUGCGGCCGUCCCACUCGCCGCGACGGCGUGA